UUAUCUUAUUAAAAUGAGCGAAAAUGUGUCCGCCGAUCCUCCGUGGGGGAAGUUUCAGCUGCUACUCGGUAGGUACAACUUAAAGACGAUGUGAUAUAGUUAAUUACACAUCAAAAUAAUUUCAGAUGCCGCUGAUCGACUGGAUGGCGGCUUUGUUGGCAAUGCAAGCCAAGCAGAAUCAUUCAACACAGCUCAAAACUCGUCUAGAAGCUCAGCCAGAAGAUCACUCAACUUCGGCACAGAAGUGGCAGUCAGACGAUCUGCAACCAGGGUUCGCGGUGGUCACUACAGUGUGGUGCGUAGUAAAUUGAAUCGCGGUCGCAGCGUGCCCUUACGAGCAGGAAGUUUUACUCGUUUCGAACAAACGUCGAAUUGGGUUUCCCAGCAUUGCCUACAGCCAAACGGGCAAAAUGUUACCAGCAGUGGUAAGUUUUAUCCAAAAAAAAUCACGCCUAUUAUAAAAAUUUUAUGAAAAAAGAUAUUCAUGGAUCUUAUGGAUUCUUAAUAUAUUACGUAAUUAUUUUUUGGCAAACCCCCUUACUUCUUGUGAUACUAUUUAAAAAUGAAAUUCCAAAUAAUAUUGUUGCACGGCGAGUAAGAUUAAAAAGCCCCGCCUUUCCACUAAACCCUUACAAAUGAUUAAUAAACGGUCCACGAAAAUCUCGACGUAUCCCUUCACGUAAUAUUUAUUAAAAACUAAUGUUACUAUUUACCUUGACUUCAGCACGACGGACGCUCGAUUUCGGAUACGGUCCACGAAAAAAAAAAGGUUCAAAACACGCUAGCGAUUGUACUUUUGAAUCGUCACAUCAUGGGGCAUCUCUUGUUAACGGCAUGGAAACAAUUCAGCGUUGCGAUGAUAAAUCCUCCACUUUUGAGUAUGACUCCCGAUCAACUCAAUGCCCCGUCAUUAUGGAUCAUCCAUAUGCUCAGGAAAUACUACUUCCAAUCAGUGUUAGGGAUGUGGGGACAAGCCCAAUAAACUUCUUCCAGCAUUCCGGAAAACUAAGUGGGAUCGAAACGCUAAGGAGUUCCGUGGACAGCAAAGCUCGUUCUAGUCGUUCCUUGCUUGAUUCAGGAAAACUAAGCGGAAUUCACACGCUGGGAAGUUCAUUCAGUAACGAAGGUAAUGCAAGGAUUACAUCACGGGACAGCAAUGUUCGAAGCGAUAUUGGAAAAGGGUUACAUAAGCAGCUUACAAAACGUGGGGAGCUGAAUUACAUAGAUGCUCCGACAGAGCUUGCAUAUAGCUUCUCUUCUCCGAGGACCAUACCCCAUUGCUUUCAUACCCCAGAGCUAGCAACACAUAAUGUGAAAAAUCCAGACCUCGUCACAGAACGGCUUGAUGCAAGUUCUAUGAUUUAUCGUCAUGAAGAGUUUGUAUCCCCAACAUUUUCCAAAGUAAUUACAUCAACUCCACGAGAACCUCCAUGCGAGCGAAAUGAGAAUAAGGACGUUUUGAGUCAUACGAUCAAUCUUGAUGCACCAAACCAAGUAGACGAGCCCGGUGAAACGGAUGUCAGCACAGUACGCAUUGGCAGUAUCGAAGUAAAACAAACAAUCGACCGAUCUUUCUCGAAGUCACCCCGGCUCUUGGAUAAUGCAGAAGACGACGUUUCAUCAGAUGAUGACAGCGCAGGAGGUCUUGAAUUUUUGAAUGAUUUGACUAUUUUUGAAUAUUUCGACAAAUUUGAUGAAAUCAGCAACGAUGGCUCUUUUUUGGUGGAAGAAGAUCCACUAUCGUCAAGUGAGACAAACGUGCCAGUUGCGGAACCAUGCGUGGAAGGACACUGUAUCGAAGUAUUGGAUAAGGAAGCUCUACAAAUCAGAAAAAAGAAGGUGAACGCAAGGCGGGUGAACAAAAAACGAAAAGAACGUGGUCUUUCGUAUGUCCGUAAAGAUGGAACAAAGGUACCCGCACGUGAAAUCAAGCCAACUUGCGAUUGUAAAUUGAAGUGCUCUAAAAAAUAUCCAGAAAACAUUCGACAAAAAUUUCUUGACAACCUCUUACGAUUGAAAAUGGACAGUCAAAAUCAGUUCCUAGCCAACCACAUAACGGUAAAGAGAACAGCUCGACCACAAGUGGUAAACUCUAGGCGAUCAUACACCCGAGUUUACAAGCUGCCGGGCGUUAAAGGUACCGUUAAAGUAUGCAAGACAAUGUUUCAGGCGACAUUUGACAUAGGAUGCCGAAAAAUGCGCACUCUAGCAGCAAGAGUAGUGGCAGGCUCGGGAGUUCCCACUGAUGAUGGGCGGCAACGAAACAGUAGUCGGCAACCGGUUAGCCAGGAACAUUUGAGCAACAUCAAACAACAUAUUUUAUCCUUCCCGGCAUACUCAAGUCACUAUACAAGGGAGAAAUCUAGCAGAUUGUAUCUUUCCAGUGAUUUGUCAAUUCGUCGAAUGUAUGAGUUGUACCAAAACAAAUGCGCUGUGGAUAAUUUGGUCCCUGUCCACUGUAGGAAUUUCUUUCACUUAUUAUCAUAUUUUACAAGUAUUUUUUUUUUUUCAAUUCAAUUCAACUUUUUUUUUCAAUUUAUUUCACCAUUUUUUCAAACUUCUACUUUUCACAAUAAAACAAAACCACCAUCACUCAACGCAUCUGUCUCUAAACUGCUCCGACAACCUUCGACUCACCGUUCACCUUUUCCGUCUCUCCUUUUUCUCUCUAUUUCGUUUUUCUCUCGCACACGCGAACCCUUCGUGCUGUUCGGUUGAAGCUGCUGCAAGCCUACGCUCGGAGACUCUUGCGCGCUGUUGCCAAUUUUCAUCAUCCGUGUUCUGUUUCCUUCUCCCGAGUGACUUGUGUUGUAUACCACACUGAUACGAAUUGUUCGACAACAUUUCGUAUGAUAUAUUGUAUAUAGCGCAGGACCGACAUUUGAAUACGCACAGUUACAUUACAAUAUUUAUUUCAAGCAUUAGCAUUUUUAUUUAAUAUUAUUCAUUACUACA